CGGGCAGUGUGCGGGAACCUCGCUGCAGCGCGGCGCGGUCUUCUCCUCCGCGAGCCCGAGCCGAGCCGAGCCGAGCCGAGCCCCGCGAGGCCGCAGCCAUGAAGGAGCGACGGGCGCCGCAGCCGGUGGUGGUGAGGUGCAAGCUCGUGCUGGUGGGAGACGUGCAGUGCGGGAAGACGGCGAUGCUGCAGGUGCUGGCGAAGGACUGCUACCCCGAGACCUACGUGCCCACCGUGUUCGAGAAUUACACGGCCUGUCUGGAGACGGAGGAGCAGAGAGUGGAGCUCAGCCUCUGGGACACCUCGGGCUCUCCCUACUAUGACAAUGUCCGUCCGCUCUGCUACAGUGACUCAGAUGCAGUGUUGUUAUGUUUUGACAUCAGCCGUCCGGAGACAGUGGACAGUGCUCUCAAAAAGUGGAGGACAGAAAUCCUAGAUUAUUGUCCCAGCACCCGAGUUUUGCUUAUUGGCUGCAAGACAGACCUUCGAACAGACCUGAGCACACUGAUGGAGCUGUCCCACCAGAAGCAGGCGCCUAUCUCCUACGAGCAGGGCUGUGCUGUGGCCAAGCAGCUGGGUGCAGAGAUUUACCUGGAGGGCUCGGCCUUCACGUCCGAGAAGAGCAUUCACAGCGUCUUCCGGACGGCGUCCACGCUGUGUCUGAAUAGGCCCAGCCCGCUGCCCCCCAAGAGCCCUGUCCGAAGCCUCUCCAAGCGACUGCUGCAUCUGCCCAGCCGUUCCGAACUCAUCUCUUCUACCUUCAAGAAGGAAAAAGCCAAAAGCUGUUCUAUUAUGUGAAGUGGGAGUUGGAGGGGGAGAUGCCCCCCACCUCCUCCCUUGGGGUGCAGAGGCACGGGGAGAGGGAGGAUGAGACAAUUUAAGACACUGGACACAAGUUUUUCCAAUGGCCGUGGUGAGGCUUGGAAGGAGACAGGAAUGGGAUGAGGAAGGGGCCAGGCCCAGUGUAAGGACCUGACGCUGCGUGAGAACCAUCACACCCAAGCCCAGUGCUAGGCUGAGGAGGGGCAGCUGUCCCAGUGCCCCUGAUUCCAGAGGAGGGAAAGGUCAGGGGCUCCGGGGGCCAUGCUGGCCUCGUGGGCUCGGGGGCUUACCGGAGCCUCGCCUUCAGCAUCAUGCCUCUUCCACACUGCGCUUCCAUGCAGGCCGGGCGGGAGGGCCCAGAGCUCCAGGGCGCAGCCCUUCCCGUCCGCGGAGCCACUCGAGGAACGGAGUGAGGAGGCCUAGAGGCAGCUCCCUUGAGCGCAGCCCAGGUGCUUCACCGCGGAGGCCAGCGCAUGGGCUGCGCAGAGCCAAGCAGAGGGAUGCUCAUCUUGCACAGCCCAUCAUCAGGAGAGGGGACAUCGCACAUCCACACGCUUCUCACCUGAGUCCCCAGCGUCCGUCCGUCCGAGGGAGAAGCCCAGACCCCCUUCUUUUGCAGAGUGUGGGGUGGUGGUGCUGCAGGGGCGGGGCUGGGAGGGGGAACCAGACUGGGCCUGCCCUUAGGGCAGCGCAGCUGGCAUUUGUUUUAUAGAGCCUUGUCUUUGGGAUUGUGGGAGGGGGGAUGUUUCAGUCUGUUACAUGUUCUGUGUUUAAAGAAGAAAACCUAUUUAUUAACGAAAAAUAUACAUACAAAGAA